CUUCCUCUCCCUUCCUGUGCGCCGCUACCACGACACGCAUCACCUCACCCACCAACCGCACAUCAAAACCGACAUCCUCGACUGCCCCGCACGAGCCGACAGCAUCAUACCGAACGGCCCCCCUCCUCGAGCCGCAUUGCAUUGGCCUGAGGCCUGAUAUCUGUAUGGCAGCUCGAUCAGUGGCUCGCAGUGAGCGAUAGAAACAAUUCGAUUGUCGCUGAGGCGACAGGACCGUGGUCAAGAUGAGCUCUGGCGGACAAGAUGCGAAGUUCUUCGCGAGAGGCAAAGUCGCCGAACUCAAGCUCGAGCUCAAUUCUGGCGGCGGCAAGAAGGACAAGAACUUUCUCACCAAGAAGAUUGCCUUGAAAAAGAUUGUGGCGAAUAUGACCAUGAGCAACAAUGACAUGGUAGCACUCUUCCCAGAUGUUGUAGCCUGCACGGGCAUCCCGAAUCUCGAGAUCAAGAAGAUGUGCUUCUUAUACCUGGUCAACUAUGCGCGAAUGAAGCCGGAUAUCGCCCUCAAGGCACUACCCAUUCUGGUCCAGGACCUGGACGACACAAAUCCCCUCAUCCGAGCACUGGCAUUACGAACCCUCUCAUAUGUGCAUGUACGACAAUUCGUAGAGGCUUCAAUAGAGCCACUCAAGGGCCUUCUCAGAGAUCCAGACCCCUAUGUGCGCAAAACAGCAGCCUUCACAGUAGCCAAAGUUUAUGACCACGACAGACACUUGGUAGAGCGCAGCGACUUGAUUGAUCGGCUCAAUAUGAUGUUGAGAGACGAGAACCCCACUGUCGUAUCGUCUGCUCUGGCAGCAUUGAUGGACAUUUGGGAACGCAGCGAAAGCAUUAAGCUGACGAUCGAUUAUGCUAACGCCAGCAAGAUUGUUCAGAUUCUGCCCGACUGUUCAGAAUGGGGGCAGACAUACAUCCUCGAGGCACUUACGUCCUACGUGCCUCAGGAUACACAAGAAGCGGCCCUUCUCGCUGAUCGAAUCGCACCGCGUCUAUCACACACCAACUCUGCAGUUGUGCUUACAUGCAUACGAGUCAUUCUCUACCUCCUGAACUACAUCGACUCGGAUAAAGUGGUAGCGGGACUUUGCCACAAGUUGAGUCCGCCUUUGGUCACACUCCUGAGCAAAGGGCCCGAGAUCCAAUAUCUCGCGCUCCGGAAUGCCUUGUUGAUUCUGCAACGACGGCCGGAAGUACUUCGCAACGAUAUUCGAGUCUUCUUUUGCAAAUACAACGACCCUAUCUACGUUAAGGUCACUAAGCUUGAACUCAUCUUCAUGCUCGCGAGCGAGAACAACAUCAAAGAAGUUCUCACCGAGCUCCGUGAGUAUGCCACUGAGAUCGAUGUCCAUUUCGUGCGCAAGUCUGUACGAGCGAUCGGAAAGCUUGCGAUCAAGAUUGAGCCCGCGGCGAAGCUCUGCAUCUCGACACUACUUGAACUUGUUUCCACCAAAGUGUCCUAUAUCGUGCAAGAAGCCACAGUGGUCAUCAAAAACAUCUUCCGAAAAUACCCUAAUCAGUACGAGUCCAUUAUUUCCACCCUCUGCGAGAACCUAGACUCUUUGGACGAGCCGGAGGCCAAGGCAGCCAUGAUCUGGGUCAUCGGCCAAUACGCAGACCGUAUCGACAAUUCCGAAGUCCUGCUGGAGGAUUUCCUGGACAGCUGGGCAGACGAGACCCACGAAGUGCAACUCGCGCUUCUCACCGCGACCGUAAAGCUGUUCAUUCAGAGACCGACGAAGGGUCAGGACCUCGUCCCCAAGGUGCUCAAAUGGGCAACAGAAGACACCGAUAACCCCGACUUGCGAGAUCGUGGUUACAUGUACUGGAGAUUACUGAGCAGCAAUCCUACAGCUGCAAAAGGCAUCGUCAUGGGCGAGAAACCUGCCAUCACGGCGGAAAGCGAAAAGUUAGAUCCGGUGACACUCGAGGAAAUGUGCCUCGUGGUCGGCACGCUGGCCACAGUAUACCUCAAACCCGUUCAGACCGUCUUCCGGUCCACACGGCCUCGAAAGCUGCAGGAGAGCCCGGCUCUGCAGCGCGAGAAGCUGCCGUCGUGGAGAGCGCAACAAGAAGCGAACAUGGUCAGCGCAGAUGCUCAAGCAGCCAUGUAUUCGCUCAGUGGGCAGCAACAGAGCGGCCAGGUGCUAGACGAGGCCGAUGCUUACUUUGCGAGCGUGGGCGCGCAGGGUGUUGCAAACGACGGCCUCGCCUCCAGUCUUGGAGAUGGAAUGGGUCACACAGAGCAGAUGUACAUGGUUAAUCAAGGACAAGGCUUGGGGACAGUGAGGCCGAUGACACAUGUGCAGAACGGCGAGGGGGACCUAUUAUCGUUCUAGGAAAUGAUAGUUGAAAAGGAAGGGGGACUGUGGAGUCUCUCUCUGUCAGCAAGCUUCGUUGCUCGCCGCGUUGACUCCCAUGUCAGAUCCUUUGAUAUAAUACCCGGUUAUUGCAAGCCUACUUGUUCCUCAUUCGGCUCUCCCGCCGGAACUCGAGUCUCCGUUGCAAGGCGAUUGUUCGCAUAUAACUGCAACCCACCCGUGCACCACAAUGCAGAGUGAACGAACAUGUAGUGUAUCCGCUAAAACCUUUAUCACAGCUAUAGGUGGUGCAGGCCUAUCU